GGAAGUGCCGGUGCGGCCGGGGCGAUGGCGGCGCCCGGCGGCCGCGGGGGCCCGGGCUGGGGGGUCCCGGUCCCGCCCGGGGGCGUCCCGGCCCCGGCCCUCUGAGGGGUCCCGCUCGCGGCCCUCUGACGGGUCUCCGCCCCGACCCUCUGAGGGGCGGCCGCCGCGUCUGCCGCGGGCCCCGGGCUGGGCUCGGGCCCGGCGGGGCGGGGGGCCAUGGCCACCCGGCGUCUCACGGACGCGUUCUUGUUGUUGCGGAACAACGCGGUGCAGAGCCGGCAGCUGCUGGCCGAGCAACUGGCUGAUGAUCGCAUGGCCCUGGUGUCGGGUAUCAGCCUGGAUCCCGAGGCUGCCAUCGGAGUGACGAAGCGUUUGCCUCCCAAGUGGGUCGAUGGGGCAGACGAGAUUCAGUAUGAUAUUGCCAGGGUUAAACAGAAGAUGAAAGAAUUAGCCAGUCUUCAUGAUAAACAUCUAAACAGACCCACACUGGAUGACAGCAGUGAAGAGGAACGGGCAAUAGAAAUAACAACCCAGGAGAUCACACAGUUAUUCCACAGAUGUCAGAGAGCAGUCCAGGUGUUGCAGAGCAGGUCCCGUACUUGUACAGAACAAGAAGCACGUGUUCUCAGGAAUGUAGUGUCUUCCUUAGCACAGUCCCUUCAGGACCUCUCCACCAACUUUAGGCAUGCACAGUCUGACUAUCUCAAACGUAUGAAGAAUAGAGAAGAAAGGUCCAAACACUUCUUUGACACCUCAGUCCCACUGAUGGAUGAUGGGGAGGAUGAUACACUUUAUGACAGAGGUUUUACAGAUGACCAGCUGGCGUUGGUGGAGCAAAACACACUGAUGGUGGAAGAGAGGGAACGAGAAAUCCGUCAGAUUGUGCAAUCAAUCUCUGAUCUCAACGAAAUAUUUAGGGACCUGGGAGCAAUGAUAGUAGAACAGGGAACAGUUCUAGAUAGAAUUGACUAUAAUAUUGAACAGUCAUGUAUGAAAACUGAAGAGGGUCUAAAACAACUGCAUAAGGCAGAGCAAUAUCAAAAGAAGAAUCGGAAGAUGCUCGUUAUUUUAAUUUUGUUUGUUAUAGUAAUUGUCCUUAUUGUUGUUCUUAUUGGUGUAAAGUCACACUAGGUUUCGCUUCAUUUUCUCAUUUUUUGGAGUUUCUGUGAACUUUUUGCCCAAUGUGAAUGGAUGGACCUGCACUCCAGAAAGCAGCCUUUGAAUGUACGAGCCCUUGUGGUGCAACGUCUGUGCAAUGUUUCUGUAGAAUUCUUCAAAGUACAAGUUUGGUGAUCUGUGAGGUGUUUGUAAGGAUUAUAUGGAAAAUGUCAGGAAAUUUGAUGCUCCCCCACACACACAAAAAAAGGCUCUCUGUGCCGAGGUAUUUUGAAACACAGUACUUAAGAAUAAUUAAAAACUGAAGUUUACCAGUGACUACAGUAAUUAGUGUGUUACUGUGAACAAAAAUGUGUUGUCUUCUAUAUUCUUAUGUCAUAAUUGUUACAGGCUUCGAAUUUAAACCACGUUACUGAGUCAAUGGGACUGGAUAUCAAAAAGUGAUCUUGCUGUAAAAUUUGUUGAGACACAAAUUUUUUUGAUUGGAUGCCCUUUCUUCCAGACUCAAAAAUUCCAAAGAACUGGAUAGACAGCUAAAAAGGAAAGCUUUUAGCAACCAGAACGUAAUCCAACCCCUGUGAUCUUAAUUUAGAUACUGCACCAUUACUAAGAAUCAGUGGUACUUGAUCUUGUAAAUAACAAGAUGUAAUCACUGGCAUAAUUUAACAUGUUUAGUUAAUUAAAAAAUUUUCUGAGCUUGAGUAAUCAUGGGAAUGAUUUUCCUUCAUUGGGAUGAUCAUGUAUUUUUUUCAUGCAUUAUUUUUUUAGUUUAAAGUACAGACAUUACAUUAAAGCAGUGAAGUUAAGCUGAAAAAAUAGAGCAGAAACUCAAAAAGAGAGUCUCUCUGGCCUGCUGCCGUGGGUCUUGGAUGUUUCAAGCUGAAGCUGCUGUAUAAGUUGUUUAUUUUACAGUGCAUUUGUCCAUGUGGGUUAUGUUUUGUGUAUAAGUGGCUUCACUACAGUACAUAUUACAUCCAUUUUCCCUGACAGAAAAUUCUCUUUCCAAUGUCUGCUUGGAAGAGGACGUGUUUGUGGUCUUUUACUGACCAUGAGAGAUGUCAUGCAAGUGACACGUUAUGAGGCCUUCAGUGGAGAAUUUGGGGUUUUCACUGCUUUUUUCAGUGGAAAGCUUUGCUGUAGGCUGUACAACAGAAAUUAAGGCAACCUAUGAGUAAGAGAAUACUCUUAAUUUAAUUCAGGCCUGAAGUGUUGUGCAAUUGUAGAGGCCUUGUCUUAAUAUUUUUAAUAUUGCUUUUUCUAUGUUUGGGUUUUAUUUUUUUUUCCAAAGGGACUGUAACUUCCUUUUUCUUUUUUUUUUUUUGACUGAUAUAAGUUCUCCCCAUAGACCUGCAGAGAUGCUCUGCUCCAAGCCCCAGAAGUGCAGUUUCAAAACACUGUGAUACUGAAAUUGCAUCUGUCGCCUGCCCCGAGUUUCUUUACUCUGUGCUAAAGAGGACUUGAGACGUGGCUUUAAACUGACCAUUUUCAGGGAUGGACCUGAAAGCAAAGACUGCAAAAAAGCCUUGGCUUUUUGUGGGGCUUCUGAAAAGCUUUGUACCACUCUUGUUACCUCUAGAGAAAGGGGAUGUUGAACCACCAAAACUGCCAGUUCAAACUCUUCGUUGAAUUCAUGAAGUAAAUUGGUGAAAGGAAGAAUGAGGCUUGUGUUGGGUGUGCAGCUCCCCUGUUCUGGUGAUAGAUCUUUCAAUGAUCGUGAGUAAAACUACUGUCUCCCUGUGCUGUCUGCAUCACUUGGUGUGAAGCAGCAAAUUGCUAUAAUUUAAUAUACUGUAUUUGCAUCUUUCUCUCUAACAUGAGAUCGUGUUAUUUAUUUCUGUCUUGACCGGUGCUUUUGACAUUUUAUCAUGGCAGAUGGUUUCAAAGAAGUAAUAAAACACUUCCAACCUAA